AUCACGAACCUGACCCUGCACAUGCCCUCCGAGCACACCGUCGACGGCAAGCACUUCGAAGGCGAGUUCCAGGUCCACAUGAGCAAGCAGUUCACGGACUUCGACCUCGCCACCGACGACGCCCUGGCCGCCAGCUUCUUCUUCGAGCUCGGCGAGCACGGCAGCGUCCUUCUGGAGCAGCUCCUCCACGCCGCCACCGACGCCGAGCACGGCCACGCCAUGCAGGGCACGCUGGACCUGAUGCAGGCCCUCGGCCCCGCGAUGGACCCCGCGAGCGGGGGAGACUUCUACAGCUACAGCGGCGGCUUCACCACCCCCGACCUGGGCUGCGCGGGCGUCGUGAAGUGGCUCAUCUUCACGUCGCCCAUGAGCAUGGACCAGUCGCAG